AGCGACAGCACUCCCCUCAUAUCUUGUCUUCUUUAGCGUCACAGGAGCAUGGCGAAGGAGCGUCCUUGUGCCCUACGCUGGAGCUCGAGCUGAGAGAGAGAGAGAGAGAGAGAGAGAGAGAGAGAGAGAGAGAGAGAGAGAGAGAGAGAGGGAGGGGAGAUGCAGCGUCAGUCAGCUGCAGUAGGCAGAGGACAGCGGCAGCAGUAGCAGCAGUGGCUGCCGUUCUCUAUUGUUCAGCCAGAACGUUCUUCUUUCCUUUCCAGCCAACCAGAGGAGCAGAAGCCCAGGAGGUCCGCUACAUGCGCCUUUUCUUCGGGGAACACUAACUGAAGAGGCACACAAACACUUUCAGUCUGUACGACUGAACUUCUUUCUCUGCUCUCGUUGGGGUUUCUCUUCCUCCUGACCGAGUGGAUUUUACGCAACUCAGGGGAGCCAUGGGACUUGGGGUUAGGGGUGCAAGGACAGCGUUCCUGUGUUUAUGGAGGUUAUUUUUACUACUCAGUGGAAUCUGGACCGCUUACACCCAAACGUCAGAAGAUGGGAAGUCGCUGUACUUCUGGGAGACAGGUCCGUGGGGCAGAUGUAUGGGCAGCGAGUGCGGUCCAGGAGGCAGUCAGAGUCGGGCGGUGUGGUGCGCUCAUGUGGAAGGCUGGACCACCCUUCACACCAACUGCCUUCAGUCCACACGGCCGGCCAACCAACAGAGCUGCUUCCGUGUCUGCGACUGGCACAGGGAUCUGUAUGACUGGCGGUUGGGCAGGUGGAACCAGUGUGUUCCCAUAUCGCUGCGCACCGGCCGCACGGGCGUUUGCCUGCAAGGCGAAGAGGGCAUCCAGACGCGGGAGGUGAACUGUGUGCUCAAGGCGGACAGCUCGGCUGCGGACCACGCCAUCUGUGAGUACUUUGAGCCCAAACCCCGACAGGAACAAGCCUGUUUAAUUCCUUGCCCUCAAGACUGUGUGGUGACUGAGUUCACCCCGUGGACCACGUGCUCCAAGACCUGCGGGCUGGGUCUGCAGAACCGCGUCCGCUCCGUCGUGGCACCGCCGCUGUUCGGCGGGCUUCCUUGCCCCAAUCUGACGGAGUUCCAGACGUGCGUGCCGAGGGCCUGCGAGGGCAGAGAGACGGUGUUCAGUCUGAAAGUGGGUGGAUGGAGCGAGUGCAAGCUGCCUUCUUUAAUUUCACCUCCGGCCUCCUCGGCUGCCCCCUCGCGCACCGCCCGCCAAGCCCGCCGGCGGAAAGGCAAAGAGAGGAAAGGGAACCGUGACCCGGAGAUGCGCGAGCUCAUCAAGAGCAAAAGGAACCGCAACAGGUUGAAUCGACUAGAGGACGACCUCUGGAAUAUGGAAAUAGGCUACCAGUCUCGGCAAGUGGUGUGUGUGCAUCGAAACGGAAGCACGGUGUCACUCAGUCAGUGUCCCCACUGGAGUCUGCCGGAGACGUACCUGUCCUGCCUGAUGCCCAAAGACUGUUUGGUCAGUGAAUGGAGCCUGUGGGGCUCCUGCUCUAAGACCUGCUUGGACCCCAGUGUUCCUCAGGGCUCCCGCUCCCGCAGCAGACAGCUGAUGCGACUUCCUACCGGAGGAGGGUCCGAGUGUCCCCAGCUGGAGGAGAGCCAGGCCUGUGAACCUGAAGGGGACGGGGUUCCACCCUGCGCUGCUUAUGCCUGGCGGAGCACUGAAUGGAGCGAGUGUCGUGUUGACGCGCUGCUCAGCCAGCAGGACCGGCGGCGAGGGAAUCAGACGGGUUUGUGUGGCGGAGGUGUUCAGAGCAGAGAAGUGUACUGCGCCCAAGCCAACGCAGAACUGCUCAGCUACAUCAAUAACAACAAAGACAAACAAGAAGGUCAGUCAUCCAACGGCCAGAUGCCUAGUGUCCCUCCCCUCCUGUCUAUCAGCUAUGAGAUCUCAGCAUCACGACCCAUAGACAUUCGGCUCUGCAAGGGAACGACUCCGAGUACCACGCAGCUGUGUCACAUCCCGUGCCCUGUGGAGUGUGAAGUGUCCCCGUGGGGUGCCUGGGGGCCCUGCACCUUUGAGAAUUGCGAUGAACGGGUGGUGAAGAAAGGUUUCAAGUUCAGACGACGCACAAUCACUAAUUACCCCACGGGUGGCGAGGGAAACUGUCCUCAUCUGGUGGAGGCCAUCCCGUGUGAUGAUCCCAGCUGUUUUAGCUGGCAGCUGGUCAAACUAGAGGAGUGUAUCCCAGAGGAAGACAUGGACUGUGGAGAGGGAACACAGACUCCACAGGUCCGCUGCAUCAACAGCCAAGGUACCGAGGUGGAGAAGGAGAUGUGUGUGGAUGAGGACUACUCUUCUUCUGUGCCCUGUGUGGUUCCCUGCCCUAAAGACUGCGCUCUCAGCCUCUGGACCGAAUGGUCCACCUGCUCCCAGACCUGCUCCAGUAAAACCGCAGAAGGCAAGCAGAUGAGAACCCGAGCCAUACUGGCUUACAAUGCAGGAGAAGGAGGUUCCAGCUGUCCGAACACCAGCGCCCUGCAGGAGGUGCGGAACUGUAAUGAGCAUCCCUGCAUCGUGUAUCACUGGCAGACGGGCACCUGGGGACAGUGCGUGGAGGACACCACCAUAUCCACCCUCAAUACCUCCUCCAGCGCAGACAGGUCCACCUGCACCAUGGGCGUGCAAACGCGCAAGGUCAUCUGCGUAAAAGUCAACGUCGGACAGGUGCCGCCAAAAAAAUGUCCUGAAGCCCCUCGGCCGGAGUCAGUGAGACCCUGUCUGCUGCCCUGCAAGAGAGACUGUAUCAUCACACCCUUCAGUGAUUGGACAGAGUGCCCCACUUCCUGUGAAGCAGGUGUGAAUGGGCAGAAGAAUAAACAGUUUCGCUAUCGAGUGAUCAUCCAGAUGCCAGCUAAUGGAGGUCAGGAGUGUCCAGACGUUCUUUAUGAAGAGAAAGACUGUGCGACUCCAUCUGUGUGUCCGGGAUACAGGUGGAAAACACACAAGUGGCGUAAAUGUCAGCUGGUCCCAUGGAGCAUCCGCAGAGACAGUAAAGGAGCUCAGGAGAACUGUGGAGCUGGAGUCCAAACUAGAGCUAUCUCGUGUAGGCAGCUGGAUGGUACGGUGGCUGAUGUGGUUCAGUGUCUGAAGUUUACCAGCAGCAUGCCGGUUAUGAGCCAGCCCUGCCAGUUACCUUGCCGAGACGACUGCCAGCUCACCAACUGGUCCAAGUUCUCUCCUUGCACCUCGGACUGCGUAGGGGUCCGUACACGGAGGAGAGCUCUCGUGGGAAAAAGCAAGAAGAAGGACAAGUGUAAGAACAGCCAGAUGUACCCGCUGAGCGAGACCCAGUACUGCCCCUGUGACAAAUACAACGCUCAGCCGGUGGGAAACUGGUCUGACUGCAUCCUGCCCGAGGGCCGCGUGGAGAACGCCGCAGGCAUGAAGGUGCAGGGGGAUGUGAAGGAGUGCGGACAGGGCUACCGAUACCAGGCCAUGGUGUGCUACGACCAGGACAACAGGCUCGUGGAGACUUCACGCUGUAACAGUCACGGGUAUAUCGAGGAGGCCUGCAUCGUCCCCUGUCCGUCUGAUUGUAAACUCAGCGAAUGGUCCAACUGGUCACGAUGCAGUAAAUCCUGUGGCAGCGGGGUCAAAGUUCGCUCAAAAUGGCUCAGAGAAAAGCCUUACAAUGGAGGAAGACCCUGCCCAAAACUGGACCACCUUAACCAGGCACAGGUGUAUGAGGUGGUCCCGUGCGUCAGUGACUGCAGUCAGUAUGUCUGGGUAGCUGAACCCUGGAGCGUGUGGAAGGUCAGUAACGUGGAUCUGAAGGAGAACUGUGGCGAGGGCGUUCAGACCAGAAGAGUCAGGUGUAUGUUGAACACAGUGGACGGUCCCUCUGAUGCGGUGGAGGACUAUCUGUGUGAUCCAGAGGAGAUGCCGCAGGGCACGAGGGAGAGCCGUCUGCCCUGUCCCGAGGACUGUGUGCUGUCCGACUGGAGCCCCUGGACCCCAUGUGACCUGCCGUGUUCUGGAAGAGGAGAUCGAGAGAGGACGGCGUUUGCACUGCGUCUGCCUAAAGAGGGAGAGGACUGUCCAGUUAGCAUGCAGACCGAGCCCUGUCUCCUGAACCACAACUGCUUUCACUACAGCUACAACAUCACUGACUGGAGCACCUGCCAAUUAAGUGCCAGCGCUGUGUGUGGAAUCGGUCUCAAGACGAGGAUGCUGGACUGCGUUAGAAGUGACGGCAAAUCUGUUGACCUCAAAUACUGCGAGGAGCUGCGCUUAGAGAAGAAAUGGCAGAUGAAUGCUUCCUGUACAGUGGAGUGUCCAGUCAACUGCCAGCUCUCUGAUUGGUCAGCAUGGUCCGACUGCUCACAGACCUGUGGUCUUGAAGGGAAGAUGUAUCGCAGACGGACGGUGGUUGAGGCGUCUCAGGGGGACGGCAGGCCGUGUCCGUCUCAGAUGGAGCAGUGGAAGCCGUGUCCUGUGAGACCCUGCUACAGAUGGCAGUACGGCCCGUGGUCCGAGUGCCGUGUCGAGGAGGUGGUGUGUGGGGUGGGCCUGCGUUUCCGGAACCUGUCGUGCUUUGUAUCAGACGGCUCUGUCGAUGGGAAGAGCAGCACUGUAGAGGAAGAGCUCUGUGCUGGACUGGAGCAGGCCGUCGAUGGAGAUAAGAAUAUUGUUCUGGAGGAGACCUGCACCUUACCCUGCCCUGGUGACUGUUACCUGAUGGAGUGGUCCGACUGGAGCCCGUGUCAGAGUGUGUGUGUGAAGGGCCAGCGUCUGGACUUCACUCCGGUGCAGGUCCGUUCACGUGCCGUCAUCGCUCAGGAGCCGGAGAACAUCGCUCAGUGUCCCGAUCUGGAGUGGCAGACCCGGCCCUGCAGCAAUGGGGAGUGUUAUGAGUACCAGUGGAUGGGCAAUCCUCAGCUGAUCUGGUGUCAGCGCUCGGAUGGAAUAAACGUCACAGGUGGAUGCCCUCCAGCGCUACUGCCAGGGACGGACCAGUCAUGUGAUCCACCUUGUGACAAACCACAGUCAUUUUGCUCAGAGGAGGGUGUAUGUAUGUGCGAGGAGGGCUAUACAGAGGUGCUGACGGCUGAGGGGAUGCUGGAGCAGUGUACACCCAUCCCUGUGCUCGAAAUCCCCACCGCAGGGGACAAAAAAUCUGAUGUGAAGACCAGCCGGGCGGUCAACCCCACCCUGCCCUCCACUGUACAGCCUGGACGUGUCGGGCGCACCUGGUACCUGCAACCCUUUGGAGCAGAUGGAAAGCUGAAGACGUGGGUGUAUGGCGUGGCGGCAGGUGUUUUUGUCCUCCUGGUAUUUAUAGUGUCAAUGAUUUACCUCGCAUGCAGUUACUGUGCCAUGCGGCGGUCUCUCGGGACGCCAGAUUCUGCCAACGGUACGGUGGUAUGGAUGGGCCAAGAUGCCCAUGAGCUGACCUACACCUGCCCUGAGUGCCAGCAGCCGGGUCAAGAGUCAAGAGCCAGUUAAAGGCUGGAGAAACAGGCUCCUGAUGUCCUAACAUCUCAGCCGCCUCUGCCUCGUGCCUCCUCCUCAGUCUGUGCCUUACGUUCUGAUGCUAAAUGCAUCAAGCUGCCCGGCAAAAAGCCAAAGAAACCUCAGCGAAGACAAAAUAAUAAUCGAUUGAAAUCCCUGACCCUGGCAUACGACGGAGAUGUGGACAUGUAGCCCUUCUCAGAAAACUAACAUCAUGAAAAAUAUCAGCAGCAAAUGGUUGAAUCUCAUGAAAACAUGUCCAGGUCACAUUAUACCCCUAAUUCGAAUUCGAAAAAUUAAGUAAUUAUGUUUUGCAUAAAUGAAACAAAGCCUAUUUUAUCACCUGUGUACAUUAUCAUAUUAUGGAAAUGACUUUAUUGCAUUAUUAAUGAAAAUUAAUCACUUUUUUCUUAAAUUCCUUUACUGAACAAUUUACUUUCAGUGUUUUUGUAAUUCUCAGUAUUGUCAAUGGUGAUUCUCUUUUUUUUAUAUACGUACAGUAUAUAUUUUUAUAUAUAUAUAAAUUAAAGACAAUAUAAUAAAAAGCAUGAUGUAUAAAUACUUAUUUAGUGAAAUAUAUUAAAAUCUGAGAGUUUUUGCGUUACAAUAAAUUACAAUAAAUUAAAUGUGCUUAAUUGUCAUUAAAAUAAAACAAUGCAAAUAGUGCUUAGGCUUGAUUUUUUGUUUAUGAAAAAUAUAAUUUCUUAACUUUUUGCCAUUUGAUUUUGGGGUGAAGUGACCCAUGCUUGAGAUACAACCAAAUACUCCUCCUCCAAAAAAAAAAAAAAAAAAUGCCUAACCAUCUCAAAUACUGGACCCUAAAUGCUUGAAUCCAACAUAGAGGAAGAAGAAACAUCCAAAAGCCGCAAGCAAAACCGUCAUACUUUAUUUUUACUUCAUGUUCUUGUUCUGGAAGAGCCUUUACACACAUCUUCACACGCUGUGAGAUCAUGCCUUUGUUUAUAUUCAGUUCCUUACAAGUAUUUGUUAAUUAUGCAACUGCGGUCUACCAUACGACGGGUCAGGACCUUAUCGGAACAACUUUCUUCCGACUUGUGCUUCCCAGCUGAGAGGAUUCAUUAUUUGGAAGGGGCUAUUGAACAGACAAUGCCAAAACAUACAACACACACAGUAGAGAACAUGUAAGGAAACUUGGGAUCUUCAGAUAUCAUGGACGACAUUUGCUCAAAGAAGAUGCAGCCUUUCUAUGGAAGGUGAAAACAAGACAAAUCAUAUUCUCCUGGAAGUCCCACUCUGAUUCCAGGUGUUAUUUUGCACUAUAUUAGUGCAGCAAGGAAAGCAUUCGCCAUUGAACCAUUGAUGUCUCAGAAGCAACGAUUUUUCAAGGCAAGCGAAUAUGAAUCUGGAGCACAUCAGUGAGACGGGAUAAAUGAAAAAGUGUACAAAAAUAAAUCUCAGAGUGGGACUCUUUAAAGACUUCAUGUCCUUUUUGUUUUCACUCAUUUGUGCAUUGUAUAGUUUCUAUGAUGUGUCUUUUCUGCUCAACAGACUAUAAAUAUGUAUUUUUUGUUAUAGCUUUCCAUUCAGACAUUUUUAUAAUAAUUGUUUGAUGUACAGUUGUCGAGGAAAAGUGGUUGUGACUUUUGAUUGGGGGGGUUAAUGCCCCAUUUUCAGUGUCUGGUAUGAUGUACGUGUCAAGACAAUGGGUCUCAUGGGAAGACUGAUAGUUUCUGCCUUAUUAUUGAUGAAAAAAGUUUUGUUACUAAUUGUUGCCAAUUCUCACAGGACAGUGUAUAUGCAAAAUACAAUGGCCCUACAAAGUAUUUGGACAUGCAAGAUAAACUUUAAUAUGUCCGGAGGUAACUGCAUUAGAUGGGGAGCUGGUUGCAUUUCUAAAUACCGGAAAUUAUUAAUGUUCACUUCCAUUUACGGUUUUCGCAUAUGCAUUUUCUACCAAUAGUGCGAAAUGCUAUACUAAACUUUACUGAUGGUGUUUUUUGCACGACCGACACUUGAGUGCAAGACAAAACGCUUCUUAUGAGCAGCUUCAUUUUAGUGAAUCAAAAUCAUUUGGCGCGUCCAGUGUAGUCAGAUUCCCCAACGAAUGACUCUUAUGAACCGGUUCUUUUUAGUGAAUCAAAAACAUAUGACGUAUCCAGUGUAGUUCAGUUCCUGAAUGAAUUACUCUUAUGAAUCAGCAUUUUAUACUGAAUCAGAAACAAAUAAUGCAACCAGUGCAGUCCGAUUCCGGAGCACCUGACUCGUAUGAACCAGUUCUUUUUAGUGAAGCAAAAAUGUGCAAUGUCUCCAGUGUAGUCCAUUUCCCAAACAAAUGAAUCUUAUUUUUUUAAUUCACUAAAAAGAACCAGAUCAUAAGAUUCAUUUGUUUGGGAAUUGGGCUACACUGGAUGUGAUUCACUAAAAAGAACUGGUUCAUAUGACACAUCAAGUGUUAACUAUUUCUGAACAAAUUACCUUUAUGAUCUCGUAUUUUACACUGAAUUAAAAACAUACAAUGUGUUCAGUUUAGUCUAAUUCCCGAACUAUACAUAACUCUUAUCAACUGGUAUUUUAUACUGCAUCAGAAAUAUACAACACGAACAAUGUGAGUCCGAUUCCUGAACGACUCUUUUGAACAGUUACUAUUUAAUAUAUCAGUAUCAUUAAUUAAGCAGCUUAUGUCUGUGUUAUUUAAAACUUGUGAAAGUAUUAUAUAAAACUUAAAUGAAUGAAAAGUGGUACUACUGUAUACACAAACACAGACACACACAAGUCAUCAAAAAUGCAAAUAUAUGUACUUUUGAUAUUGUUAUCUAAUGCAAAGUCCUCCAUGCAUAAAGUGUGGUUUAAGUGUUCAAAUACUUUCUGGGCUCAUUGUACAUGUGUAGUUGGAUCUGAUAUCAGAUAAUUAUAUAUGUAUAUAAUUGUGUAAUAUUAUGACAUCAUAAGUAUGAGCUGUCUCACGCAUUUGCAACAAACUUACAAAGCCAUCAAACAGUAAAUCGUUUUUUAUUAUUCAGCAGAUUAAGCAGUAUUCAAUUUAUAUAUCCAUAAAUUAUUUUCAAAUGAUCAUACAUUACAGAUACAUUGAAAAAGAAAGAAAAAGAAAAUAUAGUGUGUAUGUCAUGAAAUUUGAUUUAUUUUGAAUUUUUAAGACCUGUUAUAUAUAUAUAUUUAAAAAAACAGCGUGAAUAUGAUACUCCUAAGAUGUGAUAGUCUAUGAAUCCUGCUGAAAUCUUCCAUUCAGAUAGUAGUAAUAUAGAAGAUGCUUUUAAUCGGUCAAAUCUCCUCAUUUUCCCUUGAUUCAUUUACGCUGCUACAUUAGAGUCGUUUCACCCGGCCGUCCUGCUAGCAGCUGGUGAAAUUAAUGUUUACCUUUAGUUUUAUUUGUAAAUAACAAUGAGUAUUGAAUCAUAUUCAUUUCUUUUCUAUUGCACAGACAUGUUAAGUACAUUGCAAAGUGGUCUCGCUGAUCUUUGUUAAUUAUGGUCAUGUUGUAAAGUACCAAGAUCUUUUUUUGUACAGCUUGUUUUCUGAUGAACUACAGGUAAUAAACACUGGUGUAUUAAACAUGUAUGAAUGAUA